GAUGGGACGUUUAACCAUGUGUCGUAACUGUCAAUGUGUCCUCACCAAGGGUAUGCUUCGAGCCCGUUUCUUUUUGCGGUUGUUAUGGAUGAGUUGUCAUAGUUGAUGCAAGAGACGGUUCUUUGGUCCCUGCUUUUGCUUUUUACGGAUGAUAUUGUGUGAUAGCUUGCAUGUGUCAUAGUGUGUCUAUUUGAUGUGUUAUAUGUUCCUAUUAUAUGUUUUCAUCAUUUUUCGUGUUGGUAGCUUAAUAAGAAGAUCUUUGGUACCCUUUUUAUGUGGUUAUAUGAUACAUGUUUUUAUUUGACUCUUGUGUCUGGAUAUGAAUUUGGAGUUAGGGGCAAAGCCGGACCUAUAAUACAGGUAACCUAGGCUUCGGCCUAGGGUCUCCACUUAAAAGAAAAUUAGUAUGCUAACUAUAAAGAUAGUGCAAACUUAUUGUUUUUAGAUAUGUUUGAUUCUUUAUACGAGCAAACCACUUUGUGUUAUACUUGUGUUAGAUUUUUGCUUGGUUUAACACACGGAUAAGGGAAUCGUUUAUAAUAAUCAAAGAAGGAAAAAGAGCCCCAAAAUUUCAUUUCGCCUUAAGGCUCCAAAAAGGUUGGAACGGCCCUAGUUAGGGGUCUCACUCAGGGGCGGACUUACAAUGUUAGUAGAUGUAGCACGGGCUACCCCUCAACCCCGUAUCCGUAGUGUAAAAAUACCCCUUAACUCGGUUUCCGUAGUGUAGAAAUACCCUUCAACUUCGUCUCCGUUAUACAAAGGAUACCCAUAGUCUAAAAAAUAAAAAAAUUGGGAUACACCUAAAUUUUUGGGCUAGUUCCGCCACUGGUCUCACUAGAAGCAAUCUCUCUACAUCCCACCUCCUUAGACCCUAACAGUAGCUUGGCUAUGGGUGAGAUUGUACUGGGUACGAUUGUUGUUGUUUGUUGUAUAAGAUGUGAGUAAAAACUUCACAUCUUUUAAAUUUUGGUUUGUGAAUAUAAAGAUUUAUGGGCCUAAAGAAAGAAUGCAAACCCACUUGUUCCACAUUCACACUGCUCUUCAAACUGUGUUAUAUUCAAAGUGAAUGGCUAGAGAGAUUAAGAAACUACCGUUUGGCAGUCUCGGGUAAAUCCAUUUCUAGGUGCAUAUUUUUCUUGUAUUUUGAUUUGAUCAAUUGUAUGAUAUAUAUCAAAAAAAAAAAAAAAGUUUACCUUGAAAAUUGGAAUUUCUCAAAAAUGACACCUGGAAAUGAUUUAGCAAACCGAAAGUAGUGAAAUCGGAGUAUGAUUAUGAGUUCAGACGAUCAGAAAUUACCGUAUUAAUGAAAAAAAGCCUUAAAUUUUAGUUUCGCUUUAGGACUCCAAAUAGGCCGGGCCCCCUUGCUAAACAAAACACAGGUAUUGGUUAAACAGACAUCAAAUGUGAGAACCAUCAUAUUAAACAAUCCUCAGCAACUAAACGCGCUUACCCCUGAAAUGGCAUCCCAGAUCUUGGAACUCUUAAAUACCUAUGAAGAGGAUCCCAGUGUCAAGCUGGUAAUUGUAAAGGGUGAAGGAAAGGCCUUUUGUGCUGGUGGUGCUGUUUCAGUUUUUCUUAAUGUUAGCUGGAAAGAAGCUGCAACUGUAUUCUAUACGGCAUAUACAUUGGAUUAUCUGAUUGCAACUUACGCCAAAACCCAGGUAUCACUUAUUAGAGGAAUUGUUAUGGGAGGUGGUGCAGCCUUUGCAGUACAUGGUAGAUUUCGAGUUGUUACAGAUGAUACGGUUUUUGCAAUGCCAGAGACUGCAUUAGGGUUAUUCCCAGAUGUAGGUGCCUCUUAUUACUUAUCAAGACUGCCUGGAUUCUUCGGGGAAUAUGUGGGUCUUACGGGUGCGAGAUUGGAUGGUGCUGAAAUGCUUGCAUGUGGUCUUGCAACCCACUUUGUCCCGUUAGAGAAAUUUUCCGCAUUAGAAGAUGCAUUAUGCAAAGCAAAUACGGGCGAUCCAAAAAUCAUCAACAAUAUUAUACAUGACUUCUCGAACAAAAAUCCUAAGUUAAAAGAAAAGAGUCAAUUUUUCCGGUUAAAAACCAUUAAUAGUUGUUUCUCUCGGAGAACUGUUGAGGAUAUUAUCUCUGCACUUGAGGAAGAGGCUUAUAAAAACAAGGACGACUGGAUCUCAUGGACCAUCAAAACCUUAAAGAAAGCAUCACCAACAAGUCUCAAAAUUUCUCUUCGCUCUAUUAGAACAGGGAGACUUCAAGGCGUCGGUCAAUGUCUUAUCCGCGAAUACAGAAUGAGUUGUACCGUCAUACAAGGAAAAGUCUGCAGGGAUUUCUUUGAGGGAUGUAGGGCGUUGCUGGUCGAUAAAGAUAAAAAUCCAAAGUGGGAACCUUCAAAACUGGAGCUUGUAAGCAAGCAGAUGGUUGACUCUUACUUUGCACCACUUGAUGAUGAAGAUUGGGAAGACCUCAAACUCCCUGUUAGGCCAAACUUAACUUCAUAUGCCAUUUCUAAGCUGUGAGGGAAACCUGUGAUCUACCUUAUGAUGUUAGUAGCUCUAUAAUUAUGAUUAUUAAUGUCAAAAGGAUAAUCAGGUAUAUAUAUGUACUGCUUAUGUGUAAUAACUAUGUAUAAGUUUUUGAUCACCCAAUUGUAAUCUGUUCAAUCCAAUGCAUGAAGUACUUAUUACUAUA